GGCGUCGGUGGCGCCCGCGAGGUCUGUUUCGUCACGAUCGGCAAAGACGAAAGCAAAUGCGUCUUUGGCCGAUGAUGACAAGGACUUGGACAGACUGAUCGCCAAACACGAUGAGAGGGGCGCGAGGGGCUGGGCCAAGAAGUCGAAGGCUGGCGAGGCAGUCGGCUCUUCUUCCUCAUUCAAAUUAGAGGCGGCCCCGGCCAUUCCAGAAGAGAAACAAGCCUCGAAGCCAAAAGGGAAGGCAAAGGGAAAAGGAAAGAAGAAGGAUGUGACGGAGCCAGACACGGUUGUCGAAGAGGUCCACGAGGACGAGGUGGUGGAGGCAAGGGUCAACAGCGUCGCGCCACUGCAGGCAAGCAAGCGACACAUCAACAGCGGGGAAGGCAGCAGCGUCGAUGCAAUCGCAAGUCCAAAGAAAGACUCGACCGACAAGAUGCACAGCACGCCCAAGAAGAAGGACAAGUCAAGCAGCAGCCCGAAGAAGAAGGAGAAAACGAGCAGCAGUCCGAAGAAGGCAUCCUCCCCUGCGAAAUACUUUUCGUCACCAUCGAAGCCAAGGCAAAGAGGGAUGCCAGAGGAGCAGAUCCGAAGCUUCCUCGACAACUACGAUUUAGAAGUGGAGAAUCGGCUGAGGACAGCACUGCGGUUGCUGGACAGCAGCGUCAAUUCUUCAAGAACACAAAUGAUGACGAUCAAGAUUGGCAAGCUGCCGCGCGCCGUCCGGCUUCUUUCGAUGCAUGACUUUGUGAACCAAUUCCAAGGCAGCGUCCAGGCUGUUCAGUCCAAGGCCGCUUUCCUGGCGAGCCGGGCCAGAAAAGCGCAAGAAGAGCACGAGGAGGUCGAAGAGCUGCAACGGAAGCGAAAAGAGGCAAGCGAAGAGCCCGCGACAUCCAAGACGAGGCAGAAGAUGACCGCUUCUGCGAAAGCCAAGACGGGUCCGAGGCCAAAGGCCAAAGGCAAGCAAAAGCAGAUGAUUAACGAUAUUGCCGCCGGAUCUAUGUCUCCGUCCAAGGUUCGGCCACCAUCAGCGGCGACGUUUGCUCCCAGAUUGGAGCCUUCGGUCAUUGCAGGACGAUCGAGUGGGAUUCCGAAGCUUCCCCCUACUCCAAUGGGCGCCCGACCACGCGCAGCGCGCGCAGGCGAGCAGGUGCAGUGGAUGAGCCUCAAUGGAAGCCCCAUCACGGGCGUCAUUGGGCCUGAUGGAAUCGUGCACACCCUAAUUUCGAGAACGUCUUCGAAAGCACAGCCUGCUGCAGCGUCGCCCUCACGCAAUUGGGUGAGCCUAGAGGACGAGGCUUCAGACACGUCUGCGCACCUCUUGGAGCUGGCAAAGGGCCUCGACCGAGGCAGUCGACGAGUCAGCGGCAGAGACAGCAGUGGAGGGCCGUCCAAGGCCAUUCGGGCAAUUCCACCCACAUCCUCCUCGUUUUCGUCAAAUGACAAUCACGACGAGGACCAUCAUCGCGUCGAGCAGGCCCUGGGAGAUUUUGGGGACGACGACGACGACGACUUUUCGUCGCUGCCAGACGAGGAAGCCUACACAGCACGCAUCAUGCAGGAGGAAGAGGAGCGGAGAUCGAGGAUGGCGAGCAGCAGCGACGGUAUCAGGGCAGCGAGGUCCUCCUCCCUCUCGGUGUCUACAGCUGGUCUCUUCUUGUCCUCUUCUUCGCCCAUCCGAAAGGCCCCUGCCAAUGGCCGUCUGCCCUCAACGUCGGCCUCAACGCGGCAGCAGCAGCGGGUCUCUCUCUUGACGGGGGAUGGCGAGCGGCACAGCCUGUCAAAGCUGCGCGUCGAGGAUCUGCUGGCCAUGCCGGCCGCAGAACGGGAUGCCAUGAUCCGUGUCCUCGAGGACCUCAAGGCGAGGCAGGAGCAGCAUUGAUUGGAGACAUAGGCACGGACUCUUUUUCUCUUUUUUUGCAUGUAUCUAUUACGUCUACUAUAUUCUACAGCAUCUCAU